GAAUGCAAAACAGUCGGGAAAUCGAAACGCGGCUAUCUGUGCGACACGUCCAAUUCCAAUCCAACCCACACACUCGCAAGGCCUAAAUACACAUAUAGAAACACAUCGUAUUCCUCAUUUUUUUUUUGGUUGCUCCGACGAUUAGCAAGUGAACAAGCUCAAAAGCGCGUUGAGCAGAACAGAACCGAAACAGAAACAGAACCGAACAGUAUAUACGUCAACAGCUGUACAAAAGGCAGCUAAAGACAAGGCAAAAAAGAAGAGAUUCGAGACUCCAUCUAGCGAAGCAACCACCAAAUAACCACCAACCGCACAAAAAUGGCCGAGGCUAACAAGAGGAAUAUCCCCAUUAAACUGGGAGACUUCAGCGUCAUCGACACGGAGUUCAGCAACAUCCGCGAGCGUUUCGACUCCGAGAUGCGCAAAAUGGAGGAGGAGAUGGCCAAGUUCCGCCACGAGCUGAUGAACCGCGAGGCCAACUUCUUCGAGUCCACCAGCUCUACUAAAAAAACAACAACUACCAGCUCAACGACAAACUCGGCUCUGCCAUCCCGAAUCCCAAAGCAACAGAACUAUGUCUCCGACAUUAGCUCACCCUUGAUACAGGAUGAGGGCGACAACAAAGUGCUGAAGCUGCGCUUCGAUGUCAGCCAAUAUGCCCCCGAGGAAAUUGUGGUGAAAACCGUUGACCAGAAGCUAUUGGUGCACGCCAAGCAUGAGGAAAAGUCGGACACAAAGAGCGUGUACAGGGAGUACAACCGGGAGUUCCUGCUGCCCAAGGGCGUCAAUCCCGAGUCCAUCCGCUCGUCCCUCAGCAAGGACGGAGUCCUGACCGUGGACGCCCCCCUGCCAGCACUCACCGCCGGCGAGACACUGAUUCCCAUUGCGCAUAAGUGAAGUCCUCAGCCCCAGUCCCAGUCCCAGACCCAAUCCCGAUCCAAAAUCAAUCACCAGUACCGCUUUGCGGAGGAGAAGGAGGAGGAAGAGGAGGAGGAGGCUACCGCAAAUCAGAUUAAAUCAUACACACACAUUGAGUUUAAUCCAAUCCUAUCUAAAUGAUUAAUUUUUUUUGGUUCUGACUUAAAGCUAAACUAUGUUACUGACUUACUACUCAUUAACUUAAAUAUAAUUCAAAUUAUUAUUAAAUUUGAUUAAUUUAAUUCAUAUUUAUAAUUUUCGCAUUAAACGUAAUCAAUUUUGUCGUAGUUAUCCCCGCAUUCGUUUUCCUUUCCUCCCAUCAAAAAUAAAUCAAUAUUUAUCCAA